ACUAGUAUAAAUUCUGGUUGUCUUUUUCUUUUUACGAGUUUGAAUAUUGGUAGUUUUGAGUUUUGUGUUUAGUAUUUACAACAAUAACCAUUUGAAGUGGGAAGAGAGUCUAUAUUACAAUACAAAACAAUGACUCUCAAUCUAACCAACCAAUACCAUGCACAACAACAACAUGAGUACGUACUGGAAAAACUGGGCAAGUGCACUCACAUCAACCAUCUCAAACAACUUCAAGCCUUCCUCACCACCACCGCCCAUUCCCAAUCUCAUUUCUAUGCUUUCAAGCUCCUCCGCUUCGCCGCCAUCGCUCUCGCCGACCUCUCCUACGCUCGCUCCAUCUUCGACACUCUCCACUCUCCAAAUGUUUACCUUUUCUCUGCCAUUAUCACUGCUUACGCCUCCCACUGCCGCCCCCAUUCUGCUUUUGAUUUGUUCCGCCUCAUGCUCCGUCGGGGAACCCCUGCGCCCAAUCACUUUAUCUAUCCCCAAGUCUUGAAAAGUUGUCCCGACGCCGCAGGUUUGGUUCACACCCACAUUCUCAAAUCCGGUUUUGGGAGAAACCCAGUUGUGCAGACCGCCCUGAUCGACUCCUACUCGAGGAGAUGUUCGCUGGAUGUUAAGGAUGCAAGACAGGUGUUCGAUGAAAUGCCUGAGAGAGACAGAAAUGUUGUUUCUUGGACGGCUAUGGUUUCUGGCUACACUAGACUUGGUGACAUUGACAAUGCUCUACUACUGUUUGAAAAGAUGCCUAUUCCUAUUCGAGACGUGCCCUCCUGGAAUGCUUUAAUUGCAGGGUGCACACAGAAUGGUUUCUUUCAGCAGGCCAUUUCUCUGUUCAAAAGAAUGAUCUUUAUCUUGGGAGAGGGAAGGGAUCAUCAUCUUACUAGGCUGAAGCCCAACCACGUUACUGUUGCUUCUGUUCUUUCAGCUUGUGGACACAGCGGCAUGCUCCGGCUUGGAAAAUGGAUUCAUGGUUAUGUUUAUCGAAACGGGCUCUUACCAGAUUCAAUUCUCUCCAAUGCGCUUGUUGACAUGUACGGGAAAUGUGGCAACUUGAAAGAGGCAAGAAAGAUUUUUGACAUGACCUCACCAAAAUGCUUGACUUCUUGGAAUUCCAUGAUCAACUGCUAUGCUCUCCAUGGUGAAAGCAAGAGUUCAAUCAGUGUUUUUGAGGAGAUGAUACAAUUAAAAGAUCAUGAUGUGCCACCUACACCUAAUGAGAUCACUUUCAUUGGCUUAUUUAAUGCUUGCACUCAUGGAGGAUUGGUUGAAGAAGGUGUUGCUUAUUUCGAUAUGAUGACCAAUGUUUAUGAGAUCAAGCCUAAAAUUGAACACUACGGCUGUUUGAUAGACCUUCUUGGUCGAGCAGGACGAUUCGACGAAGCCAUGGAGGUUGUGAGGGGAAUGGAGAUGGAAGCUGAUGAAGUUGUGUGGGGUUCUUUGCUGAAUGGAUGCAGAAUUUAUGGCCGUACAGAUCUAGCACAAAUUGCUGUGCAAAAGCUCAUAGAGAUUGCUCCACAUAAUGGUGGUUAUGUUAGUAUGCUAGCCAACAUAUAUGGAGAAUUGGGGAAAUGGGAUGAGGUUCGAAAGGUUAGGAGGAUGUUGAAGGUUCAGAAUGCCUAUAAAACCCCAGGUUGCAGUUGGAUCGAAGUCGAUGAACAGGUUUUUCAGUUCUAUUCUUCUGAUACAGCUCAUCCUAAAAUAGAAGAAGUUUAUAGCAUCUUGGAAAGUCUAACUGGAUUUUUAAGUUUGAAGUCGAGUUAGACUAGCCAUAUCUAUCUUUCUCGUAAGAACAAAGUCAUAUAUAUUCUUUGUAGUUUAUUUUAUUGACAAAAAGUUAAGAAAAUCUCUACCCUCUA